GCUCGGAGUUUGCAAUUCGAAACAAAAACACACCUCUCACGCAAUAUGGAUCGACAAAGAGAUGACCUUGCCGAAGAAAUGGAACAUUUUCGUUCUAUUAAUGAAAAAUCCGUAGAUGAUAUUUCUCUGGCGUUUUUUUACAAACCUCACACCUUAACUUUGUUGUCUGUGUGUGUUUUAGGACUUCUAUAUUCAGCUUUCACUAGGAAUGAUGAUGAUAAAGACAACAAUCUAUGGAUUGGCCUGUGCUGGAUCAUCUUCUUCUUUAUUGUUGUCAGUGUGCUUGCUUUUCCAAAUGGACCCUUUACCCGCCCUCAUCCAGGGAUAUGGAGAAUAGUAUUUGGACUGAGUGUAUUGUACUUCAUGGUGUUAGUUUUUCUGCUGUUUCAAAAUCGUCGAGAUGUUCGUUUAAUGAUAGAAUGGAUUUUCCCGGACUUAAAGGGUGUGGCUCCUGAAGAUAAGGAGUAUGCAGUGAAUUGUUGGAAGAUGGACUGGGCCCGUUUGUACAGCAUGAUAGACUGUUUCGCUGCAGCCCAUUUGUUAGGCUGGUUCUUCAAGGCUUUGUUGAUUCGUCAUCAUGGCAUUCUAUGGACCAUCAGCAUCACAUGGGAAAUUACUGAGAUGGCAUUUUCCCACUUGCUGCCUAACUUUGCCGAGUGUUGGUGGGAUGCAUGGGUCCUGGAUGUUCUCAUCUGUAAUGGUCUCGGAAUCUGGCUGGGGAUGUAUGUCUGUCGUAAACUAGAAAUGCGUAAUUACCACUGGGAGAGCAUCAAAGACAUCCACUCAACAACUGGGAAGAUCAGGAGAGCUGUGCUGCAGUUUACACCUGUCAGUUGGUAUAAUGUACGUUGGUUGGACCCCCACUCCUCCACUAUGAGGGUGGUAGCUGUGUCUCUCCUUAUCAUUGUGUGGCAGUUAUCAGAACUCAACACAUUCUUCCUUAAACAAAUCUUUGAGAUUCCUCCUUCUCAUCAGAUCAAUGUGUGGAGACUGGUUCUCAUUAGCUUGAUCUCAGCCCCCUCAAUCAGACAGUACUAUGUAUAUGUGACAGACACCCAGUGUAGAAGGGUAGGAACACAGUGCUGGAUAUUCAUCAUUGUGACAUUCACUGAAGCAUUCAUUUGUGUCAAGUUUGGGCUGGAACUGUUUAAAAAGACAGAAGUGUCCUAUAUAGUUAUGUGGCUAACUAUUCAGUUUGUCGGAAGUAUUGUCUGCGUGUACCUCUGUGCUAUUUAUGCCAGGAACUGGAAAUGGACGACUCUAGAGGAUGGAUUUUUUAUGACUGAAGCAGAUAAAGAAGCAGAGAGAUUGGCCAGUAAGACAUCCAACCAGACAGACAAUAACAGUGUGUCUAUAUCAAAAAAUGGUACUCAUCCAGCAGGCAGACUAAAUGGAUUUUCUUCUAGUCAUUCUCCAUACAAUCUACGUCACAGAAAUAAUAAGGAAGUCAGAAAUGGACACUUCCACUAAAGGGGGAUAAUCCACCAGUUUUUUUUUGUUCAAGAUUAUUGAUAUUUUAACAGACAGUGAUGACUCAGGUCCUUCUUUUGUUUUUUUUCUUGAGUCUCUAUGAGUGAACUUAUAUUUGUUUCCUUUUGACUUCUUGAUUAAAUGAGAUAUGUUCAAUUAUGUUUUUGAUUUGCCAUAUGUGUA